CAACUGAUAAAUAUGGCGUUGGUAUUUAGUGUAAAAACACAUUUCAAAUGUGUACAAAAAGUGAAAUUUGCAAAUUGGCAUUGUGCUCAUUUGAGAAAUAUACUGCUAUACGCGAUUACUUGGUGUGUACGCCGAUGUGCGACAGCGGUCGCGGCUGAGACCAAAGCCACUGCAGCUGGCUGGCUAUCGGACUGCCUGCCUGAUUGUCUAGCAAUGUGUUGCGUUGCUGCUAUGGCCUUCUGUUGCUAUUGCUGUUGCUGACUGCCAAAGCUUGUACUAUGCGUUGUUGCUGAGUGCAUGCUGCCGAUCGUUUACGCGUGUGCUUGUUAUGUGUAUGUGUGUUGGUAUGUGCAUUUGAUGGGCAUGUAUGCGUACAAAAAACGCUACUGUCGUCAUUACCACCACCCGCACCCACCCAAAACGCGUAUAACGCUAUUGAGCGAUUACGUUUGCCUGCUUAGUAGCGGAGCGCAUCGCGGGUAACAAAUUUGAUAUAAAUAUAUAGUGUGAUGAGCAUUUGAAUUAAUAGAGCAAUUGGAAGAUAAGAAAAUAUCAAAAACACUGCUAAAAGUUUUGUUACCAGCUGUAAUGUGACAUGGCCUUCCUCACGUUUUCACAUGCAUUCGUUGAAAUCAGAUAAAAUCGCUUGUCAAACAAAGAUUACACUUACACUUGCAUACAUAUUAGAAAUAACAACCGUGCCACCCAACCUCCCACCUGCUGACUGUCAAUAGCAGCUGUACACGACCGGCUUCACACUCGUGUCCUGUGCACACAGCUGACGAGACGACCAAAAUCAGUGUUACACACAUAUAUAUAUAAGCGUUAAAGCAUACAUACAAAAGAAGUAAACUAAAGCACGCGUAUUAAUACAGCUCCAGGAUUUCGUGCUGUAAUUAGGAAAAAAAUGGAAAAUUGUGAUUCCUAUGUGCAUUUACAGGCAGAGAAACGUUUUGAGUUGCUUCGUCGUAAAAAAUGGUUUCACCCAACAAUAAGUGGUAUAGAAGCUGAGAAUCUACUGCGUGAAAAAGGCUUCGAUGGCUCCUUUUUGGCACGCCUCUCAUCCUCAAAUCCUGGCGCUUUCACGUUAUCGGUACGCCGUGGCCAAGAGGUGACACAUAUAAAGAUACAAAACAAUGGUGACUUCUUCGACUUGUAUGGCGGCGAAAAAUUCGCAACACUUCCUGAAUUGGUACAAUACUACAUGGAAAAUGGUGAGCUGAAAGAGAAAAAUGGACAAGUUAUAGAACUAAAACAGCCUUUGAUCUGUGCUGAGCCCACAACCGAGCGUCUCCAAAAGCUCUAAGCAUAUUAUUUGAAGAAGAAAAGCAUGGAUAUUUAAUUGGAAAUACUCAAACUGAUGGAAAAUGAAUUAUUAAAGCUUGUAAUUGGACCCAAUUUGAAAUAUCUUCUAACAAAAGGAAUAAAAAAAUACAUUUUGAUUUAAAUAAGUAAAAUAUAAGUAUGAAUAAGUAUCCAUAAAGAAUCAAUUAAGUGAAAAAAAUCAUUUGUCAGCAUCCUAAAACUCUAUAUUUAACUCAUAAAUAUUUAAAAAACGUGUAAAUUGUUAAACAUUUAUUGUUAAACAUUUUUCACAACCAAUCGUUUAAACUCUAUUAAAUCAAACUAGACAUGCCGUCUAUUUAUAAACAAGCUUUACAUAAGAUGAAACGAUCUCAAAACUCGUGUCAUUAAUUUAUUACGCUUCACACUCAUCAAGAAAACGGCAUAGUAAUUAGUUCGUAUUGAUCUUAUAAAAAGUCUACAACACAUAUAUUAAUUUAAUAGUUACAACUGCCAAUAAAUAUUGAUUUAUUUGUAAGCGAGUAUUUACAAAUUCAUUAAAAUCUACGUAAAACUCGUAUUUAAUGCAGUUUUUAUAAACUCUCCAAACUCUACAAAAAAUUUUCAUCGACGCUAAAUUUACUAAUCAAUUAUAAAUAGGCAAUUAAAUGCAAAAAUAUGCUUGUUUCAGCAAAUUUCAUACAGUCUCCAAACUCUACACAAUUUUUUUAAGCUAUAAUUUUGUUUAACUUUUCAUAAUAAAUAAUAAAAUUUAUUUAUAAACGUUUUUAAUGACUUUCAAUUAAUUCACACAAAGCCUACAAACUCUACACAGCUGCUAAUAAUUAAUUAUUUUGUAUUUCCCGUAAAAUGUGUCUAUUAAUUUAAACUAGUUUAUAUAAGCAUUUAAUGUACUCACUACUGUUGAGUUUUUCGUGUGAUUGAUGAAUAUGUGCCUUUUUAGAUUUGUCACGUUUAGGUUAGCGCGAAAGUAAUAAUUUCGCUAAAUUUUGCUAAAUAAUUUAUCACUUGCCGGUGCUUAGAUAACCGUACAUUCAACGUGGUUGUCGAUGCCCCCUAACAGCUUAAACAGCGCGUAGAAGCUUGUCUCCUCUCUGCUUUAGUGCUCAACGAAUUGCUAACGCGCCGUUUAUUUCAGUUCAGUUAUACUUAGCCCUGUGGCAUCAGCGCGUCAAGCGUUUGCCCUUGAAAUGCUACGCGUUUGAUUAUCUAGCGAUCUUUACAUUUAUCUGCCUGUCAAAACUGUUUAACUUUGCUAAUUUUCAAUUUAGUUUAUUUAAUGGAGCAGUUUUUCAAUUUUACUAAUUCCAGUCACGUUUUUAUAAACAAUUUCUGUAUUUACAUAAGCAUAUUUGUAUGUGUCUCGAGGUAUAUGGAUAUGUACAAGUAGAGCUCACUCGCCACCUUAAAAAGGGUAUUUUACCAUAUUUAAUUGAACUUAGAAGGCGUGUUGCUUUACACGUUGAAAUUUGUAACAAAUUUAAUUAUAGUUCGCAAUUAAAUUUAUAAAUUCGCUUACGAGCUGAGAAUGUAAAUUGGUAGUCGUGAUGGCGAUCACCUGAAAAUGUUCUCAAUUAGCGCAGUUAGUGGUUUCCAGCAUUACACACACAAAUUGUGAUUAUACAAACUUCUACUAUAGAUCUACUGUAGUUGAAUACAAAAAUUAGCAAAAUUUAAAAUAAUUUUCUUCAUAAAAAAUAUUUGGAGACUAAGCCUUUUCACACAGCCAAAUUAAUUGAUCAAUUAAAAUUUUAAUUGAGAAACCAGUUUUUGCCCUUCACACUGACGGCUACUCGAUAAUCGAUCAGCUGUUCCUUUUUUUUGCUUUUCAUGAGAAGUUGGUAAGUUUCAUCAGCUGAUCGCUAUUUUAUAUUAUUUACAGCAGCGACAUCUACCGUCGUGUAGCGUGAACAAUAACUUGCAGACAAAGAACGUAUAUAUAAUUACAAAUACGGUCUUUGUCGCAGAGUUGUAUUUCAUUUUCAAGUCGAUUAAAAUUCAAUU